AUGGCUGAGUACGAGGGCUUUACUCCAGAUGUGGAGGACGAGAUUCGAAGCUUGGCUAGGUCUUUUACUCAAAACUCAACCACUGAGGCUGAUAGACUCUCCCUUGUUAGAACUAUCAGCCAUAUGUCUCAGGUGCCAGGAAGUGUUCCAAUGGAUGAUGUCGAUCAGCGCUUGGACCCCAAUUCUGAGAGAUUCGACCUGAGAUUCUGGGUGAAAAACCUCAGAAAGUUGGUCACCCUGGAGCCAGAUUAUUAUAAGCCAGCACAGCUUGGGGUUGCUUUCAAAGAAUUACGUGCUUAUGGAUUGUCUUCGGACUUUGACUUCCAAACGACGUUUGGUAACGUGUUAUUCAAGAGAUUGCGUCUGUUAUUGUUGACUCAUCAGCCUUCCUAUAUCAAGAAUCAUAAGUUUGAUAUAUUGAAACCAAUGGAAGGAUUAUGUUUGCCUGGAGAAGUCACUGUUAUCCUUGGUCGUCCAGGUGCUGGAUGCUCCACCUUUUUGAAGACAAUUGCAGCCCAAACGAACGGCUUCAACGUUGAUGAGAACUCGUUCUUGUCUUACGAUGGUUUCAGCCAGAAAGAAAUCUCCCAAAAUUACCGAGGUGAAGUGGUUUAUUGUGCGGAGACUGAAUCUCACUUCCCUUAUUUGACCGUAUCUGAGACGUUGGACUUUGCUGCCCGACUUCGGACCCCAAAAAACAGACCGAAAGGUAUCUCCAGAGAAGUUUAUGCUCGUCACAUCUCCGACGUGGCUAUGGCAACUUAUGGUUUGCUAGCAGCCCGAAACACGAAAGUAGGAAACGAUUUCGUGCGUGGUGUUUCUGGAGGUGAAAGAAAGAGAGUGUCUAUUGCAGAGGUCUACUUGUCUCAAGCCUCUUUGCAGUGCUGGGAUAACUCUACCAGAGGCUUGGAUUCUGCUACAGCUUUGGAGUUUAUCCGUGCACUUAAAACCUCUGCGUCUAUUACAAAAGUUACACCCCUAGUGGCAAUUUAUCAAUGUUCUCAGGAUGCCUACGAUAUGUUUGAUAACGUGAUUUUGCUUUACGAAGGCUACCAGAUCUAUAGUGGAAGUGCCACAGACGCCAAAAGAUACUUUGUCGAUAUGGGGUGGGAAUGUCCAGCGAGACAAACUACUGCGGACUUUUUGACUUCGUUGACCAACCCUGAGCAGCGUAAUCCACAGAAAGGCUAUGAAAAUAAAGUUCCAAGAACUCCCGAAGAAUUCUACAGUCGGUGGAGAAACUCUGAGGAAAGACAGGCUCUUUUGGAGAGAAUUGAUGCCUACAUUUCAUCAUCAGAAGUGAAGUUGUCCAAAGCUCGAUUUGAAGACCACCACCACGCGGCCCAGACAUCGCAUACCAAGUCUAGCGAGCCAUAUACUGUGUCAUUCCCAAUGCAAGUCAGAUACUUGAUGUGGAGAAAUAUUCUCAGAACAAAAGGUAAUCCUUCUGUGUCCCUCUUCAUGAUCGGUGGAAAUAUUUGUGUCUCUAUCCUUAUUACUACUCAAUUUCAGCUGUUGCAUUUUAAUACUGGAUCGUUUUAUUACCGUACUGCCGUGUUGUUCUUUGCUGUUUUGUUUAAUGGUUUCUGUUCUUUGUUGGAAGUUUUUCCUCUUUUUGAAGCUCGUCCGAUUGUUGAGAAGCACAGAGCAUACGGUUUAUAUCGUCCGGCUGCUGAUGCAGUGGCUUCAUUGAUCACUGAGCUCCCAGUGAAGAUUUUGACUUCUCUUGGCUUCAACUUGAUUCUUUACUUUGGUGUGAAUUUGCGAAGACAUGCCGGUCGCUUCUUCUUCUUCUUGCUCAUGAACUUUUUCAUAACCUUGACGAUGUCUAAUUUAUUUCGUGGAAUUGCGUCCUGCUUCAAGGCUUUGGAGGAAGCAAUGGCACCAGCCUCAAUUUUCUUAUUUGCAUUGAUUAUCUUCACUGGCUUUGUGAUCCCCCCUAGGAGCAUGCCUGGUUGGUGUAGGUGGAUGAACUACCUUGAUCCUAUUGCCUAUGCUUUUGAAAGCUUGAUUGUGAACGAGUUUCACGGACUACAUUUCCCAUGUUCUCGAAUGGUUCCUUCAGGAGGAGCGUAUCCUACUUCUGGAAACUCCACAAUUUGUGCCACUGUUGGUGCUUUGCCUGGAGAAACUUACUUGAGUGGUGACAGAUAUGUUCAAUUGUCUUUCGAGUACUACAAUUCGCAUAAAUGGAGAAACUUUGGUAUCUUAAUUGCUUUCUUGAUUGCAUUCUUAAUUGGUUACCUUCUCAUUGCCGAGUUCAACAGAGCAGAGGACAAAGGUGGAGAAAUCUUGGUUUUCCAGAGAGCUGCACUCAAGAAAUCAAGAAACUUGCAGAAAGACUUGGAGAACGGCUCCGGUGCUGGUCUCAAACCAGAAGAGACUGUGGAGGAUUCUACUUCGUCACGCCAAGGCGAUGAUGGCCUUCAGUUGGCAUUAUCUAAGCAAAUCUUUCAUUGGAGACAAUUGCGGUAUCAAGUCAAAAUUAAGUCUGAGAAUAGAGUUAUCUUGAACAACAUCGACGGAUGGGUCAAGCCAGGACAAAUAACUGCUUUAAUGGGUGCGUCUGGAGCAGGUAAGACAACGUUGUUAAAUGCCUUGUCCGAUAGAUUAACGUCGGGUGAAAUCACAGAUGGAACCAGAAUGGUAAAUGGAAAUUCCUUGGAUGCAUCUUUCCAGAGGUCGAUUGGUUACGUGCAGCAGCAAGAUCUUCAUUUGGAGACUUCCACUGUGAGAGAAGCCUUGAGGUUCUCUGCCUAUUUGAGGCAGCCAUCUUUUGUAUCCAAGAAGGAGAAAGACGAGUAUGUUGAGCAAAUCAUCCAGUUACUAGACAUGGAAAAGUAUGCUGCGGCUGUGGUGGGAGUUCCAGGUGAAGGUUUGAACGUUGAGCAGAGAAAGAGAUUGACUAUUGGUGUGGAGUUGGUAGCUAAACCAGAAUUGCUUUUAUUCUUGGAUGAACCCACUUCCGGAUUGGAUUCAGAGACUGCUUGGUCCAUUUGCAAGUUGAUUAGAAAGUUGGCCGACCAUGGCGUGCCAAUUUUGUGUACUAUUCACCAACCUUCGGCGAUUUUGAUGCAAGAUUUCGAUAGGUUGCUCUUCUUACAGAAAGGAGGACAAAUUGUGUAUUUUGGUGAUCUUGGAGAGAGCUGCAAGACGAUGAUCGAAUAUUUCGAGAAGUAUGGUGCUCCUAGGUGUCCACCAACAGCAAAUCCAGCUGAGUGGAUGUUAGAAGUUAUUGGCGCAGCACCGGGCUCAAUUGCUGAGCAAGACUAUCAUCAAGUUUGGCUCAAUUCGACUGAAUAUCAGGAUGUCCAGCGUGAAUUGGACAAUAUGGAAACGGAGCUUAUUAAGAUUCCCAAAUCAGACGAUCCCGAACUUCUUAAGUCGUACGCAGCCCCCUUCUGGGUUCAGUACAAAUUAGUCACCAAGAGAGUGUUGGAGCAGUACUGGAGAACACCAUCAUACACCAUGUCCAAAGUUCUUCUAGGAGUGGUCGGAUCUAUUUUCAAUGGCUUUGCGUUUUUCAAUGAGGACAAUUCAUUGCAAGGUUUGCAAAAUCAGAUGUUCUCUGUCUUUAUGUUCUUGGUUGUUUUCGUGACAUUGUCUCACCAAUAUCUUCCACACUUCGUUGCUCAAAGGUCGCUCUACGAAGUUAGAGAGCUGCCAUCAAAGACUUUUUCGUGGUUAACCUUCAUUGCAGCACAGAUUACAGGUGAAAUUCCUUGGAAUAUCUGCUUGGGAACAGUCUCUUACUUUGUAUGGUACUAUCCUAUCGGAAUGUACCAUAACGCUCAAGAUACCAACACUGUGGCAUCCAGAGGAGCUACCAUGUGGUUUACAAUUGUGAUCUUCUUCGUUUACUCAUCAACAUUAUCGCAGUUGUGUAUCUCAUUCCUUGAGUUGGCAGAGAAUGCGGCCAAUUUGGCUAUUCUUCUCUUCGCUAUCUGCCUUAACUUUUGUGGAGUAUUGGUUCCUUACGCCAAAAUUCCAAGAUUCUGGAAGUUUAUGUACAGAGUGAACCCUUUCACAUACUUGGUUUCGGUGAUGCUUUCCACAGGUCUUGCUAACUCGGACGUUGUAUGCUCAGAGAGAGAGCUUCUCCAGUUCUUACCUGUUGGCAAUUACACUUGUGGUGAGUACAUGGCUCCAUACAUGUCCGUAGCUGGUGGUUACUUGGUCGACAAUAGCACUACUGGUAUUUGCAAGUACUGUACAGCUGCAUCAACGAACGUUUUCUUAAAAUCAAUUGGAGCCAGUUUUAUCCAUCGCUGGAGAGACAUUGGAAUUUUUAUCUCUUUUGGAGCGUUCAAUAUCAUCGCUACAAUCUUCUUGUACUGGUUGACGCGUGUUCCUAAAGGUUCCAGGCACAAGUUAGGGUCCGGAAAACUAAAGGCGAAAAUCGAGAAAGUGAAAGUCCAUUUGGAGAAGUGA